AUGCCCGAAUACCCCGUUCAUAGCCUAGACGGGUGUGACCUCACCCUGACGGAAAACCCGCUGGACGACUACCAGCGGUCGUACAUGUGCACCUUGGGUGCACAGCCGCACGCGCUGGCGCGCGCCGUGCUGGACGACCUGCACGUGUCGAAGACCCGCUACCGCACCAGUGCGGUGCAAGGGUUUCACGACGUGCUGCCGGCGCGGGGCACCGCGGAGGCGGUGCCGCCGCCCGUGCACCACCACCCGCGCAAGCAGUUUGCGCUGGAGUGCUCGGAGUACCAGAUCCCGGACGUUCUGCGGCGACGCCCCGGGGCCGGGGCCGGGGCCGGGGCCGAGGCCGGCGCCGGGAUCGGCGCCGCGCUGCACGCGCGCCCGGCCACGCUCUUGAACGCGGCGUCGCCCGCGGCACGUGACCCGGCCGACGUCAACUGUCUCACCAAGAACCAGCAGUUCAAGCUCCGCAAGAUCCAGUACUCGGACCAGCGCCAACACUCGCAGUCGCAGAUCAUCAACCCCAACAACUGCGUCCUGUGGGACCACCAGACCGGCUACGUGUUCUUCACGGGCAUCUGGCGGCUGUACCAGGACGUGAUGCACGGGCUCAGCACGCUGUAUCGGCGCGCGCCGGACGCGGUCGACCGCAGGCUGCAGUGCCAGCUGGAGCUCGACUACGCGGUGGCGCGCUGCUUUUACGAAAACCCACACGCCACGGGCGCGCCGGACUGGCAUCACCGCAGACGGUACUCGGCGGCUAAGCGGCCGUACCGGCAGCAACAGCCGCCGGUACGGCCGGGGCCGGCGUUAAGCGCUACCGCCGGCGGUAGCGCCGGCGGUAGCUCCGGCGGUAACUCCGGUGUCCACUACUCCGACGUGCACUGGUACAACCUCGACCCAGACCUCAAGGCGCACCUCUGCAACGUCUACAAGGCGACGCACGGCCUGCAGGGCGACCUGGAGUUCCAGAACCUCAUGAAACGCAUCCGCGGCGGCUACAUCAAGAUCCAGGGCACCUGGCUGCCCUACGAGGUGUGUCGCGAGCUGUGCGUGCGGUUCUGCUACCCGAUCCGGUUCUUCUUGGUGCCCAUUUUCGGGCAGAGUUUCCCGCGCGAGUGUGCCGAGUGGUACGAGAAAUACGUUGCGGCGCAGCGAGGGACCGCUGCCGCCGCGACGGCGAUGCUCGCCGCACCGGCUGCGCCGGCUGCGCCGGCGCCGCAGUUUCGCGCCAGGCCGAAAAAGGUCGAUGCAGAGCUGCUCGAUGCGUCCCAGAACCUGCUCGACAUCUCCCGGCGCCAAAGCGUCCAGGAAUGCAAUUUCUACGACCGGCUGUCCGCCGUGCCCGUUCCAGUGCCGCAGUUCCGUACGCGCUCGUUUUCGUGGGCGCCUGGCAACUCGGGCGCGGAUACCAAGCCGCAGCAAUCCGCUGGCGAGACACUGCCCCCGAUCAAGUCCCUCUUCGAGUCUCUCGACCAGCAACUUUACCCGUCUCCGCCCAUCUCCGCUGGCAUGGCCGAUCCCGCACCUUGGAAAGACACAACUGCAUCAACCGCCAGCGCACCUCAUUCGCCCACGUUUGUGGAAAGUCGCUCCGCCACCCACUACCGAGCCACCCCACCGGACUCUCAUUUUGUCAUGAUGCGAUCGCCCUCGUACGCACAUCCACGCGCGCACCCGCCUCUCCCGCUCGCAAACCUCGCCCAUUUCUACAAUAGCCAUGGCCACAGGUACGUUUAUCCCGGUGGCAUGCAGGCCAUGUACCACCCGCGCGACAUGGAAACUAAGGACCCUAACGAACAUUCUGCACGAAUCGUGCACUAA